UCUCCAGCAGUAAUGUCUGAAACUAAGGUGGUUGUCAGCAGUUAUUGUUAGCGAUGGGGAUUUUGAGACUACUAGCCCGAGCAGGUUCCUUGAUAAAGAGAGAACUAUCUACACAAACAUAUGCUCAGAGUGCAGCUGCCAAAAGAGUUAGGCGGGACCAAUUACUGUGAAAUAGCUUGCUCAAGGAAACCAUCAACUAAUUUGUGUACAUAAUGGAGUCACUGGAAUUGGACUUGGCUGAACUUAAUGCUCUGUUGGGCAACCAGAGCUAUGUUUGUGGUUAUCAUCCCACACAAGCAGAUGUUGCUGCUUGGAGGGCUAUUGGUGAAAUCCCGAAAGCUGAGUAUCCUCAUGCAGCUCGUUGGUACCACCACAUUGCCAGCUUUGGUACCAGCAGUAAAAACUUCUCUGAAGCUUCGAUUACAUUUGUGUUGAAACGGCAGAGUCCAGUAUUAAAGCCAAAAGGAACUGCUCCAGUUCUGAGGAAUGCCAUGAAAGAACAGAAAUCAGAGCCUCAGAAAGCAUCUGGAAGUAAAAUUCAGGUGGAGACUAAAAAGGAUAAAGGGGGAGGAAGUGGGAAGGCGGCUGUAGAGCUGAAUCCAUGGCCAGAUUUCAUUCAGGAGCGCCUUAACAUGUGGGACAGACUCAAGAAGGAAGCAGAUGAAUCUCUUAAAGCCAAAGUUUCUGAACCCAUCAAAAUUACUUUGCCUGAUGGAGCUGUGAAAGAUGGCAACUCUUGGCGUACUACUCCAUUUGAAGUAGCACAGAGUAUCUCUCAGGGUCUGGCCGAAAACACGAUAGUGGCCAAGGUGAAUGGAGUAGUUUGGGAUCUCGAUCGUCCUCUAGAACAUGACUGCAAGCUAGAGUUGUUGAAGUUUAAUGACGAAGAGGCAAAAACUGUGUUCUGGCACUCGACGGCUCAUAUCCUGGGUGAAGCCUUAGAACGUGUGUACGGUGGCCACCUUUGUUACGGCCCUCCCAUUGAGGAAGGCUACUAUUAUGACAUGCAUACUGAUGGCCCAGGGGUGUCCAAUUUGGACUUUCCUGGUAUUGAAGAGGUCAUGAAGAAGAUCACCAAAGAAAAACAGCCAUUUGAAAGGCUAGAAAUGAAAAAGGAAGAUCUCCUCGAAAUGUUUAAAUAUAACAAAUUUAAGGUGCGACUUUUGAAUGAAAAGGUGAAGACUGACACCACCACUGUGUACCGCUGUGGCCCUCUCAUUGAUUUGUGCAGAGGACCUCAUGUACGCCAUACUGGGAAGGUUAAAGCAUUUGCAGUGACAAAAAACUCUUCCUCGUACUGGGAAGGCAAUAGUGAAGCAGAGUCCCUCCAGCGAGUUUAUGGUAUCAGCUUUCCUGAUCCAAAGCAGUUGAAGGAGUGGAAGCACUUCCAAGAAGAGGCUGCAAAGAGAGAUCACAGAAAAAUUGGUGUUCAGCAGAAGCUAUUCUUCUUCCACGAGUUGAGUCCUGGUAGCUGUUUUUUCACACCUCGUGGGGCAUACAUUUACAAUACCUUGAUUGAUUUUAUCCGUGAUGAAUAUUGCAAACGAGGUUUCCAAGAGGUUGUGACCCCAAAUGUUUACAACACCAAACUAUGGGAAACUUCUGGUCAUUGGCAACAUUAUGCUGAAAAUAUGUUUGCUUUUGAAGUAGAGAAAGAAAAGUUUGCUCUCAAACCUAUGAACUGCCCUGGGCAUUGCUUAAUAUUUGGGCAUACUACUCGGUCAUGGAGAGAGCUUCCCCUCCGUAUGGCAGACUUUGGUGUACUACACCGUAAUGAGCUCUCAGGAGCUCUUACUGGUUUGACUCGUGUACGACGAUUCCAGCAGGAUGAUGCACACAUCUUCUGUACACCUGAGAUGAUUCAGAGUGAAAUUAAGGGAUGCCUUGAAUUUUUGUCUGCAGUAUAUGAUAGCUUUGGAUUUGAAUUUUUACUUAAAUUGUCUACCCGUCCAGAGAAAUUCUUGGGGGAGAUUCAAUUUUGGAAUGAUGCAGAACAGCAACUUACAAACUCUCUUAAUGAGUUUGGCAUGGAGUGGAAACUUAACCCUGGUGACGGGGCCUUUUAUGGUCCAAAAAUUGAUAUCACCGUCACAGAUGCCUUAAGACGACAACAUCAGUGUGCCACUAUACAACUGGACUUCCAGCUUCCUAUUCGUUUUGACUUGCAAUAUGUAUCCGAGACAGGUGAAAAGAAGCGUCCUGUAAUCAUUCACAGAGCUAUUCUAGGUUCUGUGGAGAGGAUGAUUGCCAUCCUAACAGAAUCCUACGGUGGCAAAUGGCCGUUCUGGUUAUCUCCUCGUCAGUGUAUGAUUGUGCCAGUAGCCUCGCCUUUUGAUGAUUAUGCCAAGAGUGUUUGUAAACAGCUUCAUGAUGCUGGGUUCCAGGCAGACUAUGACACUGAUCCUGGUGACACCAUGAAUAAAAAGAUAAGAAAUGCACAACUUGAGCAGUACAAUUUUAUAUUUGUGGUCGGGGAAAAAGAGAAGACCAACAAUACGCUGAAUGUGCGUACACGCGAUAAUAAAGUGCAUGGUGAGCAUAGUGUUGAAGAUGUUAUUCAAAAGCUGUCUGUUCUUAAAGCAAAGCGUGUGAAAAACUGGGAAGAUUCAUUUUAGCAUGGGUAUUUUGCUAAAAUAUGUACUUAAUAAAAUACAUAUUAAUAAUGUAUACAGUAUAGCGAGUGCUUUGUUAUUUAAUUACUAUGCUUCAAGUAAUAUUGACAGGUUUUAUUGGUAUGUCUUAAUUUUUUGGAUGUUGCAUUCCAUCUGAAGAAUUUGCUAAUGUUAAGGUGUUACUUCAAUGAGCUUAUCGCAGUACACUUCUAAUAUACUGCAAGUAUAUAAUGAUACCUCUGUAAUUUUAAUUGAAGAUUGUCAUGGUGAUAGCUUAAUGAUAUUUAUUAUAAAUAAAAAAUAAAUGAGA